UUACUCAACCACCGUCACCACCGGAAGGUCAAACCUAACCGCAGUCAAACCGUAUCACCCAAUUCCACCCAUACAACAAACCCAUCGACCAUCAAGUACCGUAACUCCACGAACGCACUCACCUGACGACCCAACGGCACGAAGCUACGUGUACAUCCUCCUACCACCUAGCGUGAAUCAACCGUCUCAAUCUUCAGUUCAACAAUUCUAUCAGACCAGUGCGUUCAAUGAACCUGUGCCCGAAUAUGCAAAAUUGCGACUAAACGCCACCCUCAGCCGCAAAUGGUGACUUAAGCCAGAAAUGUUUUCAAAAUCGGCGCAGUGCAGAAAACCGUGAUUGUGAUAUGUUGUUGUUUGUGUUAUCUACAUGGACGUGUUUGUAAAGUCGUUAGUCGAAACUGCGAAAAUGCAGAGAGUCAAGGGGCGAAAAAGUAUUUUGUGGGCGUAUUUGUGUUGGUUGUUCGGGGGGAUUUUCGGGCUGCAUUUGUUUUAUUUGGAGAGGGAUGCCCACGCGUUUUUGACUUGGAGUACCCUGGGAGGUUAUGGGUUGGGGUGGCUGGCGGACGUUACCAAGAUCCCGAGGUACGUGAGGGACUGCAAUGAGGACCCGAAGUUUUUGGAGGAGCUGGGGGAGAGGAUGAGGAAGAACAGGAAGCCCCCGUUCUCAACCAGCCGCUUCAUUUCAGCUGUGAUGGUCGGCUACCUGUGGGGUCAACUCGUAAUCAUGGCAAUCCCCGAGGACGAAAUAGCCGGCUUCAACUGGAAAAUCUUCCACUGGGUUAUUCCAUUCGCCGUGGCUCUCGGCGUCUGGGUGGUCGGAAACAUCGGCCGAGAAACCGGCCAACUGUGGUUAACCAUGGCGGCCUCCUACGGCAGCUACACCACCCGAUGGUACUUCCCCGACGAGAACGUCUGGCUGACCGUGAUGGUCUUCACCGCCGCGCUCACCUUCGACUCGUUCUCCAAACAGUGGAGGAGGACCCCGCGCACGCCAAAGAGCUUCGCCCGGAGAGUGACCACGUUGACUCUGUGUGCUUUGGUGUAUGUGGCGUUGUGGUCGUCGUACUUUUACUUUAACGGAAAAAUUACCGACUCGAAUGGUGACGAGAUUCCAGUGCACGAGGCUUUACAUCACUUUUUCACGUCGCCGUGGUGGACGGACUUGAAGCAGUCGCUGUACGACACGUACCAGUACGCCCAGCACCACGGAUGGUACGAAAUAUGGCGCCAGAUCAUCGAACUAUCAGACCCCCAAGGCGAACAAAACGCUUACAAGGUCCUAGGGGUGGGACCAUCGUCGAGUCAGUCGGAAAUCACGAGCAAAUGGCGGGCCCUGAGCAGAGAAUGGCACCCAGAUAAAGUGAAGGAUCCCGAGCAGCGCAAAGUCGCCCAGGAAAAGUUUAUGGAAAUCCAGCAAGCUUACGACAUUUUGUCGAAUAUCAAAGCCAAAAGGAGGAGAAAAAAUAAAAAGUCUGUCGCCAGUGAUUGAACUAGCGGAGUCAAUUAUUGUAAUAUAUAUGAGUUUAUUGUGUUAAUGAUCUGAGAUUUUAUUAAAUUCAGUCUAUUUAGAAA